GGAAAAACAAGAUACUAUUAAAAAUAAAAUAAAUCUGAUCUUGUCAAAGGGAUGUAAAAGAAGGGAUGCCAUCCACCCUUCAUUUUACCAAGGUCAAGAGAUGCUGCCUGGAAUGUCUUCCAGCCUCCUUGUCCCUUCCAGCAACCCGAAGUGAGAGGAUCCAUGGAAAGAAGAUGAUUUACUGAAUGACCCAUGGGACUUCAAGACCCAGCACUUGACCUGUGUUUCCAUCUCUGCUGUCAACUCCCCAGGCUUCAAGCCCAGCAUGGAGCCAGGGUGCAUAGAGAACCUCUCCAUUCUCUACCAGAGUUCAGACUUCAUUGUGGUCAACAAGCAUUGGGACCUCCGCAUUGACAGCAAGAUGUGGUAUGAGACCCUGACCCUGCAGAGUCAACUGAAACACCGGUUCCCAGAGCUGGCUGAUCCUGACACCUACUACGGCUUCAGGUUCUGUCACCAGCUGGAUUUCUCCACCAGUGGAGCGCUUUGUGUGGCUUUGAACAAGGCAGCCGCUGGCAGGGCCUACAAGUGCUUCAAGGAGCGGCAGGUCACCAAAGCCUACCUUGCCCUGGUUCGAGGCCAUGUGCAAGAGAGCAAAAUGACCAUCAACCAUGCCAUUGGGAAGAAUACUACAGAAGGCCUGACCCACAUGAUGUGUAUUGAAGGAACAGAAGGCUGUGAGAAUGCCAAACCGUGCCUGACAGAACUAACAGUCCUAGAGCGUGGGGUGUAUGAUGGUGAUCCAGUCUCCAAGGUCCUCCUCCAGCCUCUCACAGGCCGGACGCAUCAGCUGCGAGUACACUGCAGCAGCAGUGGGUACCCCAUUGUGGGUGACUUCACCUACAGCUUCAAGAAGGAUAGCCGUCCGUUCCGUAUGAUGCUGCACGCCUUCUACCUCCGCAUCCCCACGUGUGGGGAGCUCAUCGAGGUGAGCACGCCCGACCCCUUCGUGCCGACGCUGGAUGCUAACUGGCAGCCCCAGCAAUUGGUCCACCCGCUGGAGCAAGUCAUCCAGACCCUGAAGGCCACAAUGGAUCCACCCCCUGGGGACACUUCACCUCUGCCCAAGGUUGGCCAGAAUGUGGUCACUCAGGAGACCAGUGCCAAAGAAUCGGAGGAACAGCGGGCCAGGUGCCAGCAGUGGUUGGCCGAAUGGGCCGUGGAACCAGAGAACUGAACUGCAUCUACCUCCUGCCUAUCCUUGGAAAGGGGCUCGGUGAUGUGCCAUUAGGAAGUCCGACCCAUUCCCUCUUUCUAACCUAGACCUUGAGUGUGAAGGGGUAGGGACUUCCUGGGGGGCUCAGCUCAGCCGGAAGGGUUUCUUCUCCCUCCCUCCUUUCCCCACCAGCCUCCCUACUCCUGCAGCCAGUGCUUCCCAGCCUGAGGAAACUGAACAUCAGCAUUAUUCCCACGAGGUUGGGAUGGGCUGGUGCUGUAAAACAAACAGCUCACUAACCCCUGAUUCCUCACCCCGAGCACCUGCAGUACGCAGACAGAAGUGGAUUCACUGUCCCAAGUGGGAGAGGGAGGGUGGAUCAGAUGUUUUCCUGUCACGUCCGCAGGCACUGGGUCUGGAGUCAGGAAACCCUUAGUUCAAAUUCAGUCUCAGACACUUACUUACUCACUAGGUGAUCUUGGGUAAGUGACUUAACUUUUAUCUCAGUUUCCUCAUCUGUAAAAAAGGGGUCACAAUAGCACUCCCAGGUUUGUGGUGAGGACCAAAUGAGAGAAUAUCUCUAAAGUGCUUAGCCUUGUGCCUGGGAAAUAAAUGCUAUAUGACUGCUAUCAUUAUCAUUAUUAUCAUCACUGUGUGUCAGGGGAUUAUCCGAAAUGAGGAAAAGGAAAAAUAGUCUCCCUCGGAACUUUUGGCUUCUCUGACCUGGGAAACAAAAUCUCUUGUUGAAAAUAAUUCAGAAGGCAGAGCUUAUCACUAGGCUAUCUGCUUACAGUCACCCCAAUUUUAUAAAAGAGAAAACUGAGUCCAGAGAGGUUACUCUUCAAGAUCACAUAAUUUCUUAGCCACCUUUCCUGAUUCCUCUAGAGUGCCUAUAUUUGGGAGGAAGAUUUUUUUUUUUAAAUCAAGAUAGGGUGGGAGGUAGGAGGGCAGGGUGCAAGGGUAAUUCUUCACUACAGUGGAGCAUGGACGUCAUGUUCCAGAUUUACUUGGACCAUCUGUCACCAUGGGAAUAGAGGAGAUUGAUAAGUUCUAAUAGGAUGCUGCUCCACUUAGUCUCAGGUACUUGCUGGCAUUGAGCCCUUCCCACCACCCCUUGCCCACCCAGACAGGACAGAUCCUGAAGUGCUAGGGGUGCUCUGGGGAGGGAAAUCUCCAAUUACUCCAUGUGAUAGACUGUAGAGCGCUCUUUCACCAGGAGAGGGCACCAGGGGUCCACAGGUGAUUAAUGCUUCCAGCUCAGCUUGUGAAGCUGGUCCUGCAGCUAUUUAUAUCUGGCCCUUACCUGGCCCCCAAAGCCCUGUCUGAUUAGAGAAGGCUCAAUCUCCAGGAUCCUUGUACAUAGAACAAAGUGUUUGGGUUAGUUCUUUCCCCAAUAUCUAAGUUAUUUGCCAAGUCCUUUUGAUUUUAGCCCUGUAACCUGAUUCAUCCUUUCCUGUCCAUUCUGGAUGCUACCAUUCAUUAUCCUUGGUCGAGGCCAUCAAAACAGCCUCCUAACUGUUCUCCUUGCCUCCAUUCUUUCCCUUUUAGUGCUAUUUCUUAUGCACUCUCUAAUCAUGUUGUCUCUUGCUGUGUUCCCUCUUUCCUGAGGUGGAGUCCAAACUGCUGAUCCUGGUCUUGCCAGCCCUUCAUGAUCUGGCUGUUAAGCUUUUAAGCCUUAUCUCCUGCUCUCCCCUUUCAUAUCUCCUCUGCUUCAGCCAGUAUUAUAUUUUAACCACGCCAGGAUCAUCCCUGCCCAUAGCCUCUUGCUUGGGCUUUGUACUAUGCUUAGAAAUGUCCUUGCCCUCUCUCCCUUUUAAAAUCCCUCUUGUCCUUCAAGUCUUAAUGUAAUGCUGUGGAUUGGAUAUUUAAAACAAGAAGGGAAAUUAGAGCUCAUCUUGCCCAAUCAUAUCAUUUUACAGAUGGGGAAACUGAGGCACAGACUUUUUUUUUUUUUAAGUGACUUGUCUCUCCUCACUACUCAUACAGCCAGCAAUGCCAAUUCACACUCUCAACACCUUGUGCCAGGCCUAUGAAAUAGCCUUCUACCUGUCUUCUCGACUCAGAUUUCUUUCCUUCUCAAAUCCAUCCUUCCUAUGACAGCUGAAGUUAUUUUCCCAAAGUGCAGGUAUGACCUUGUCAUUUCCUUAGUCAAAAAAAGCUGUGGUUUCCUGUUGUUUUUUGGGUCAAAUAGAAACUGUGGUAUUAAAAAGUGGCCUCGGCCUUGUUAGCCAUCAGUCCUAUUCCUAUACACUGGGCCUCCUGCUGUUUGCCCUGGCUCUUCCCCACACCUGGCAUUGACCCCCUCCCUACCUCUGUCUCCCUACACAAGAUUCAGUUUGAGCACCUGCUAAGUGAAGCCUUUAUUCCAUCCCCUAUCGCCCCAGUACCAGUUCUUCCUCUCCAAACUACCUUGUAUUGUAAUUAAUGCAUUUGUAUAGUACGUAUUUAAUUUAAUUUAUAUAACUGUGUUCUCUUCCCGAUAAGAGUGUAAGCUCCUUAAGGGCAGGGAGUGUUUAAUUUUUGUCUGUGACUAGCACAGUGCCUGGCACAUAGUGGGCACUUAAUAAAUAGUUAACUGAUUGAUUGCCCAGUGUCACUCAGGUAAUAUAUAGCAGUCAGGAUUUGAAUCUAGGUUUUCCAGCUCCAGAUUCAGUACUCUUUUUCAGGAAGCCUUUCCUCAUGUUCCCCCUCACCCCCCACCCCAGCUCACAGUGAACUUCCCCUCAAAGCUAACUUACAUUCUAUGGGGGUACUGCCGGACCUCUCUCCCCAACUAGAUUGUGAACUCUCUCAGGGCAGAGAUGGUAUCUUCUUCUGUCUUGCAAAAAAUAGCCUCACAUGAGGUUGAGAAUAAGGUCGAUGUUCAAUAAAUGAAAAUUUCAAAGAAGUUCAUGAACCGAAUUUUCAGUGAGGGGUGACAAAGCCAGCCACAGACUUCAGUAGAGAUUUAUGCUGAAGAAAGCCUCUUGUCUAGCUCCAAGCACCAGCUCCUACCACCCAGGAGGGUCCCACGGCCCCUUACUUUCCCCAUCUGACUCAGAGGAGAGUCUAGUCAGUGGAUUUUGUGCAUAUGGGUAUCUUCAUGUAGCACAGAUCUGUGCCAGAUUGUCUCCAAGCAAAUGAAGAUCUGUGAAGGAUCCAGAUCUAAAAAAUGUGUCAGACCAUUAGCAGUUUUCCUGACCCCUCAUCUCCUUCUAGAAACCAUCCUUGGCCGGUACUUUGCUCUUUAUCCCCGGGCUAAAGCCUUUCAUUAUUUUUAACUUCUCCCUCACUGUGAGCAGUGCCUCCCUGAGGCAGCCAGCCUCCUAAACACUUCUAGCCAGUAAUCCUAUGUGGUUUCUUGGGACGGAACCCAGCUCAGCCUGGUUCUAGAUGCCCCCUUCUCCUUACCAGAAUACCCUUUAUCCAUCAUUGGUCCAUCCUACAAUCCUUGUCAUCAGCCAUUCAGGGAACUUCAUGCAUUAAAUGACAAUGUCUCGCCUACAUUCCUAUAUAAUCGCUAUCCAAUUUCCCCCUUCCUCAGCCAAGGGAAAAGCUAGGAUAUAAAAAUGGAGUACAGUUAUCCCUUUUCACCUCAUGAUUUUUCCCAUCACAGUUUUGAUAUAUCAUGGUUCAGCAUAAGAAAGAAGAGGGUAUUUCGGGGGAGUUUUGUAGAAGGAGGCCAAUAGACAACACAGAAAAAAUUUAGAAACUUAGAAUCAUAAAAUAUAUGUAUAGUUUAUGACCAAAUAUUUAGUCCAAAUUGUCCAAUAAGGCAAAACACCCUCUAAAAAAACAAAACAAACAAACAAAAACAAAUUCAGACUUCUCUGUAUGAAGGGAAGGCCAAAAAAUUUUAGAUGAAUUUUCCAGAUCAUCCAGGGAGGGGAUAGAUUGGGUGGUCAAGAUUGGAUUAGAGGACUUGCCAUAUUCCUAAACCCAUAAAAAAGGGAUAACUGUAAUUGCAUGGUAUGAUGAAAAGAUGACUGUAUUUCAUGACUGAAGAUCUGGAUUCAUCAUCUACCUCGGCUACUUAUCUCAAUUACUUGGGGCAGGUGAAUCAAAUAAUUUCUCUGGGCUUCAGCCUCUAUAUCUGUAAUAGGAAAUUGAGCUAAAUGAUGUCCAAGGUCCUUUCUAGCUCCAAACCUGUGCAGCUAAAAAUGUCAUUCUCAUCAAUUUAAAAGUCAGAUCAUCAAUUCGAUGCAGAAGGCAUUCUGAAGAUAACAACAAAAUUUUUUCCUAUACAGCCUUGUAAAAGAAUGAAAUCACACGUCUGUCCUUGAAACUCGGGCAUCCAUCAAUCCAGGCCUCAAGUGUUCCCAAUUCCCAAUCCAUUAAUAAAUGGUGUAGUUGACUGAGCAAUGGAAAACUAGUGAAGCCCAAGCUAAAAAAAAAAAAAAAAAAA